AUUUUUGGUUAUUUGAUAUUUUUCAUCUUCCACAUUCUCUCUCUCUCUCUCCGAAACCCAGCGCUCUCGCCGUUCCUGCAAAUCUAGUGAGUUCUCUCAGAGCAGGUUUUUGAAAAAGCGAGAAAGAUAAGAUUAACGAUAUACUAUUAUAUCCCUAAAACCCUUGGGUUUAGGUGUUUGGAUCUGUGUGUGGUUUAGGGUUUUAGAGGAUUUGCUGAGAUUGUUUCAGUUCAUGCUUUUCAACUGAGUGAGUUUGGAUUAGAAAGAAGGCGGUGGCGGCGAUGGCGAAUGCUUAUCCGGGUCCUGUUAGUGCUGUUCAGGUAGGCUCCUACUUUGUGGGACAGUACUACCAAGUUCUUCAACAGCAACCCGAUCUAGUUUAUCAGUUCUACUCUGAGACAAGCUCAAUGGUUCGCAUCGAUGGUGAUUCUACUGAAUCCGUUUCUGAAAUGCUGCAAAUUCAUUCAAUUAUCAUGUCUCUGAAUUUUACUGCCAUAGAGAUUAAGACAAUCAACUCUCUUGAGUCAUGGAAUGGAGGUAUCCUGGUGGUGGUUUCAGGGUCUGUUAAAGCAAAGGACUAUGUUGUCAGGAGAAAUUUUAUCCAAACCUUUUUCUUGGCUCCUCAGGAGAAAGGUUAUUUUGUUCUCAAUGAUGUCUUUCAGUACAUAAAUGACGAAGUAAUUUACCAGCAUCCAACACCCGAACUUUCCGAAAGCAAAUUUGAUUCUCAAGUGAACAUUCCUAGCCCUCAUCCCGAACCACCAGUUUCUGACUAUGAUUUGGAGGAAGAGGCCAGGGAUUAUGUCAAUUCUGUUCAUAUUGAAGAUGAUCCAGUUGAUAUAUACAGUGUCCCAGAGCAACAGCAACAACAACAACAACAACAGGAUGUGGAGACAGAAGUUGUGGUGGAAGAAAGUCUGGUAGAAGAAACAUCCGCUUCAUUUGAAAAUGUGCCUAAUGCUGUUCAAGAAAUCCCAUCUGAGGCAGUGGAGGAACCUGUGGGAGAAUCUGUUAAGAAAACAUAUGCUUCUAUUUUGCGAGUUGCCAAAGGGCUGUCUGCACCUUCAAAUGCACCUCCAGUUGUGCCUCCAGUUGCAGCUCAACCAUCUUUUACGGCCACCCAAGCUUCAGAUUGGAACUACUCACCUCAGUAUGUUGAACAACAGUCAUACUCUCCAUCACCAGUUGUGCCUGAUUCUGGAGUAGAGGCAGCGGAUGAAGGCUAUGCCUAUGAUGACGAAGGCGAACCAAAAUCUGUCUACGUGAGAAACUUGUCUCCUAAUGUAACUGAAGAAGAGAUUGAGGAAGAAUUCAAGUAUUUUGGCCGCAUUAAGCCUGAUGGGGUGUUCAUCAGGAGCCGCAAGGAUAUCGGAGUCUGCUAUGCUUUCGUUGAGUUUGAAGACAUCCUUGGCGUUCACAAUGCACUCAAGGCAUCCCCCAUUCAAUUAGCUGGAAGGCAAGUUUAUAUCGAGGAGCGUAGACCUAACAGCACUGGUAUUUCCCGAGGCGGAGGUGUUGGUGGAAGACGGGGAAGAGGCAGAGGUGGUUACCAACCAGAGUCUACUAGAGGGCGUUUUGGUGGUCGAAGUUUGGGCAGGGGUGGAAACCAAGACAGCGACUACAGCAGACCGAGAGGCAAUGGUUUCCACUCGCGAGGUUCUCGAUAAAUCAGAGCCUUAUGACCAUAAAGACGGGGGGCAGAUCUAGCUAUAUAUAAACAAAAUCCUUUGUGGGGGUUGAUGAAGUGUUGUAGGGUGCAGCUGAUUCCGGAUGGAAUAUUUUCCUCCAGACGGUUUCUAGGAAAAUUUUUAUUAAUACUUGUUGAGUGGUGUUUUGCAUGAACUGGGAAUGUUUAAUUUUACUCUUUAGCGAGUAUCAGUUUGUUUUCCCCUUGAAUGGUUUUUAUCAUGCAAUUCUAGGGGUGGCCUUUAAACCCCCAUGUUCUUAGGGAAUAUGGGUGGGGCUUGUGUUCUGUUUUAAUAUAUCUAAUAUUUAAUGAUUUUGCUCCA